AUGCCGCUGAGAACAUCAUUAUACAGAAAGCAAUCCUCUGCUCGUUGGCCCAGCAGGAACACCAAGCGCCGUGAGUCUCUGUCCGUCAACAUGAUAAGCCUGCCGCUCGGUGAUUUCCGCCAUAUCACACAUAUUGGCAACGAUGCCCACACAGACAGCUUUGGGGACCUGUCCUUCCUUAAGAUGGGCCACAACCUGCUUCUACAAAGCUCCCAGAGCGAACAGAACCUCUUCCUGGCCUGCUCUCCUCCGCCAAAGCCCCCUCGUCUCAACCUGGACGGGACAGACGGUUCGGAGAGCCCUAACUGGUCUGCUGGUCACCACGUCAGCUCCUCCGAGAGGAGGAAGAAAUGCAGCUCUAUGCCGCUGCUGGACAAUGAUGAAGUCAAAGUAGACAUAGCAGAGAGGGAUGGGUGCCAAAGAGGGACUAAUGUCGCUUGCGGACCAGGUCGGGGUAGUGUUAGUUCUGACAAGGAUGUAGACUCCACAGAUAUCUGGGAGAAAAAUGCUGGAAAACAAAAGGAAGAGGACAAUGGCUUUUCUUUCAGCCUCGACUUGGGCCCGUCAAUCCUGGAUGACGUUUUACAGGUGAUGAACAAGCAGCACAAUUAG